AUGGGGGAGAAAGUUUCGGAGGCGGCGGAGCCGGUACCUCGCGGCUGCAGCGGCCACGGCCCGGGAGCUCCCGCCCCUGCGGUGGCCGCCGCGUCCUCGCCCGGCGCUUCCUCGGCCGAGUCCUCCUCGGGCUCAGAAACUCUGUCGGAGGAAGGGGAGCCCGGCGGCUUCUCCGGCGAGCAGCAGCCGCGGCUGCCGCCGCCGCGGGGCGGCGCCCAGCAGCCCGUCGCUUGGGCUCCCGCGCGCGUGGUACUUGAGCUUGGAGUCUGUGCGCCGCCGCCGCAGCUCUCCGGAGGAACCGCGCCACCCGCGCCCCGGGGCAGCAGCGCGUCCCAGGAGGAGCAGGAUGAGGAGCUUGACCACAUACUCUCCCCGCCACCCAUGCCGUUUCGGAAGUGCAGCAACCCAGAUGUGACUUCUGGCCCUGCAAAGUCGCUGAGGUUUAAAAGACAGCUGAGUGAGGAUGGUCGAGAGCUGCGGCGGGGCAGCCUGGGAGGGGCUCUGACAGGGAGGUACCUCCUUCCAAACCCUGUGGCAGGGCAGGCCUGGCCAACCUCCACGGAGACAUCCAACCUCGUGCGCAUGCGCAGCCAGGCCCUGGGCCAGUCGGCACCCUCGCUCACCGCCAGCCUGGGUAACUUCUUAGAGUGGAAUCACUGUGGCAAAGGAUAUGAACAUUAUGGAAGUUCUCUGUACUUCUGCUAA